AUGAGUAAAGAAAAUGAAACUUAUGUGUUUUUGUUUGUUCCAGGUUUCGGAUUCGUCACAUUUCAAAGCGAAGACAUAGUAGAUAAAGUGUGCGAAAUACAUUUUCACGAAAUCAACAACAAAAUGGUGGAAUGCAAAAAAGCACAGCCAAAAGAAGUAAUGCUCCCAGCGAAUCUGGCGAAGACGAGAGCCGCCGGUCGCGGCGCGUACGAUUUCAUGUGGUCAUUGGGGGCUCUUCCUGAUGGUUUUCCCGCAGCGUACGCCGCCUAUGCGGCAGGACGUAGCUAUUCGGGCUAUCCUAGCUUCGGGCUGCCGUACCCAGCAGUUGACCUGACCAACGGGCAACUGACACCGAACAACAACACACCGCUGCUCGCACAGGCGCUGUCAGUGAUGAACAACUACCAGGCGGCCGCCGCCGGAUUCGGGCCGCCAGCGUCGCCGCACGCCGGCGGAGGCCGCGCCGGAUUCCCCGCCGCCAGCUCGCCGGGGCCAGCGCUGGACGUGUACGGAUCCGCUGCAGACAGCGUGGGAUACGUCCAAGCGGCCAGCCCCCAGCCCUCAGGCUUCCCCGCGAUCGCAGUCAGCCGCGCCCCCCUCAAUUACACCCCAGGACCCCUGAUUCCUGCGGCUUUUACCAACGGUUAUCAUUGAAAGUGUUAUAGCACAAAUAUUUUACGUGGCGAGCGGUGUGGCGGCGCGUAGCAUCACCCGAGCGCAGCCUGGCCGCGAGCCCCACGCCCUCCGAGACAGCCAGCGCCACUCCUGCGCACCAGACCAGCGCCGUCGGACACCACACCCUCCGACCACGCGGCGUCUCACACCCCUCCACCCACCAUCACUCUCUACCCCCCUACCUCCAACUCCCCACAUCCCCCUUCUCAACCCCCUCACCUUCUACCCCCCCACCCGUCACGAGAAAAUCUCGUCUAUUGUAAAUAACGAUAAUCUACUUUUUGUCGUGUGAACGAGAGAUAGUCUAUCGAUUGAACAGGUAUUUUUUCAAACUUUUCUCGCUUUCGACUGUACCGUAGAUGUGUUGUCAGAGUAAUAAACAAUUUAAACUACAAAAAAAUACAUUUCAUAAUUAUAUAAAGUUGCAUCUAGAACAUUUUAUUGCAGGGAAGUAUAUCUUAAAAUAUUUUAUUAUUCAUAGUUAAAUUACAGUAUAAGGUGUAACUACGUGUCCUCUACGCGCGCGGGACUUGUGUUUCAGUAGAUGAUCGAUGGAUUUCCUUUGGAUUCUGAUCCCCACCGAGCGCGUUCGCAUUACCGUAUUUAUCGCAAGCUUUCAUGUAUGAUAGGAGGUGGUUAGUGUGAGCGACCGAGAGUGGUCGCGUUAGCAAUGCUUGUCAUUUUCGUGUCCGUGCUAGAGAUGAGUUGUCGGUAGCGGCGUAGGCCGGUCGGCCGGACGUAACGCGCACGCGACACGCGACCGCGACACGCGACAGGACGCGACUGGCGACGCGACAAGCGACGGCUGGAGACCGGAGACAAUAACGGUGCGCGACUUUGCGUCCGCGCGCCUCCUCGCUCGUCCACCAACACAUAUUUAAUUCUAUCUAUUUUUAAUAUUAAUGUCAAAUAUUAACAUAAUUAUUAUACUAUUAUAUAUUAUGCAUAUUUUACCUAUGAAUGUAAUUAUUUUCGCCUAAUUCGAAUUGUAUAAAAUCACCUCUUUGAACGGCUGUUCUGUUUCAGUAGCGAACAAGUUUCUCGAUUACUUCCGUAUAAGACUAUGUUAGUUACAAGUAUACAUACUUCUAAUAUUAUGUAUUAUGGUAUAAAAUUUUAUCCUAAGGAUAAUAUGAUCAUAUUUACGAUUCAUAAGGACGUUUGGAAAGCUAAGUCGGAACAUUUCAGAAUAUCUCUCAUCGCGUUAAGAUAAUAAUUCGUUUCUAUCUUGUACCUUUGGAAGUAGGUAUUGUAAUUAUAUAAUAAAUAACAAUUUUGUGCAUUACGUAAUAAUAUUUCAUUGUUUCUUACGAUUGUAUUUACCGUAAUUUAAGACCACUGUUGAAAAAAUAUGACACUCCACUUUAAAUGAGGAGUCACACCGUACUUAGUUGUAUUUAAAAUUUUAAUCAAAAAUAAUAACUCUAACCGUAAAUUUUCAUACAAACAGUUCUAGUUACACAACACUGAUAUUUCAAUAAAAAUAAAGACAGGGAUAUAAAAAAAAAUACAAGCCAAAGGCGCAGGUUUGAGGUAAUAGAAUAAAAUAUGAAGUCAAUUCAUUAAUCAUAUUCGUUAGGUACUGGUGACAUUUUAUCGACCACUUUGUCUAGUUUGCAACAGUUAGGGAGACCGCGGGGCGCCCGUAGCGGCCCGUAGCCUGGCGCUACGCCGUAGCACACGCUACGGCGCGCUACGAGCUAACACCGACGCUACGGCGCGCUACGAGCCAACACCAACGCUACGGCGCGCUACGCCCGCCGCUCGUACUACACACAUGCACUCGGUUGCAUUCAUUCGUUAUUUACUAUUAUUAUUACUCAUUACCUACAUCAAUUAAACAUUAAUAUUAUAAAUCUAGGUAUUAAAUUUUAGGUAAUAAUAAUAAACAAUCUUUUAAAUGCUAUUAUUAUAUAAAUACGUUAUAAAUAUAAAUGUUUCCUGUUACAAAAAAAAAAUAUUGAAAAUGAUACGAAAUAAAUCAAUAUUCUUUUUAAAGGUAAUUUAUUACUUAUGAGUAUGUAGUUAAUUGAAUAAUGGAGUGUUAGAUGGAGUGCGCUCGUCGCCGGGCGGCGCGCUCGCUUCGCGUUUUUUGUUCGUUCGUGCCGAGUUCGUUCGCUGAGAUGACGUCACGUGCGGCCGCGCCGCGCACACCGCAAGAGACGCGACCGCGAUUAAGUUGUUAAAACGUUAGCUAGGAAAUUGAUAAUGAAAUCGAAAGGUGUGAAGUCUAUAGGACGGUCGGAUAUCGAUAUCAUACCUAACAAAUUAACGUAAUUAUUUGUUUUAUAUUUACGGUGUUAUAGGUAUUUAAGACAUUUUUUCUUAGAAUAUUUAAUUAUUACGAUGAGAUGUUAUAAUUGUUAGGCCCGGGCCGGCGGCGGGGUGGCGCGCCUCGCCGCCGUCGGCCGUCUCAUUCACUGUCACAUCCUCACUAUAAUUAUAUUUUCUUACCGACCUUUUUAACGAAGGAGAAGCGCACACGGCCGCUUGUCCCCGUGCGAGUAAGUACAAACAUACUAACAAACAUAUAGUGAGAGGUACGUUUCGCCGCGUUCGUGAGAAGCCAUCGGUUCGCCGCGACCGAGACGGUACAAUGACAAUUAUUGUAUAUACAUAGUUAGCCGCAUGUGUAAAAAGACGUGUAGGUAAGCGCCAACUGGCGUAUGUAUAUGCGCGACCGAUGUACCCGUCCCGUCUGUCAACGUCAAUUACGCUGACGAGCAUACCCAUCUACAGCGACUUAUGUAUACGCAUGCUUUUUUAAAGACCUGGUACCUGAUAUCCACCAAAGAGUUAUUCGUAUACACAAAAAUAGAGGCAAUUUCGGAAUAUUUCGCGUUUUAACAUCAAUAUCUUUUAGUAUACUCUUGAAAGAAUUCGAUAAAUGCCAAAGAUGAAGCCAUCGAUUGCUUUAAAUUGUAAGAGCACACGGCCAAAGACUAGGUCAGUUAAAAAGGCAGAGUGUAGUCGGUCAUAGUUGGGCGCUGUUAGUCGAUACCAUCUGAUCGAUAUUAGAUUCAUUGGAGCUGCAAUCAGGAUUAGCUUGACGAAUAUUAGUUUCAUUGUUGUUGUUAUAGUUUGUUAUUACAAUUUGUGAGAUUGUUUUAGUGUCACCCUUUAGUGCUUUUUGUCGCGGACUAUGGAAUUUAGAAGCAACGUUUGUAACGACAACUUUUAGUGGAUACAAAGUUUUUCCUAGAAGUUUUUGAAAAGAAAAUAGAACCAACCAUUUCUGAUCAGGGAAUUUAUCAAUAGCCAAAAGAAGUACCUAGUAGUCCGUGACGUAUAAGCCAUUCCAUCGCGGUGCGGCCGGUUGCGGUCGCGUCCCUCGCGGGCACCAAGUGACCGCGACCGCGCGGUGACCGCGACCGCGCGGUGACCGUGACCGCCGCACCGAUCUCUCGCUUUUUCGUGUACGCGUUAGUUUACUUCAGUCACCAUUUUAGAGAUGUGUUCUAUAUCAGAAUAAAGACUACGUAAUGAUAAGCGAGAUCUCAAAUUUAUUUUAAAAAUUCGUUAAUUGUGAUCCUAAUAUUGCGACUUAUCGUAUAUAUAUAAUAAAAUUAAAAAGAUAAUUUAUUAUAUUUUGUAUAAUGACAUUCUACGUUAUUUUACACUCGAUCUACUUUAAAUUGUUAUUAAAGAUAAUAAUUAAUUUUAAUCUAAUAACGUGACAGACUGGUAAAGUUCGUAGAGUCGCUGUGGCGGCCAUAGAUCAGUAGCUUUGCAUAUUCGGCGAUGGCCAACUUAAUGUUUCAAGGACCAAAGGUAUACUUAUUCGCGUAGAACCGGACGCGCAUUGGCUCCGCACGAACCGACCCCAGCCGAUCGGUUGUUUACUUGCAGCAUCCGAGCGUGUCUAUGAGUAGAGCUAUGAGAAUUCAAACGGGCCCGGCGCCCGCGCACCCCUCCCCGCGCCUCCCGCCCCGCCCCUGACACCCGCGCAACGCCGCCCGCUUGAUUUCGUUCUCGCGGUUACUUCUCGAUUGCGUGCUUCGCGUGCUGACUGAUUUUCUAUAGCAAUAAAAAUCAAUUACCUAAGAUUUUACAUUAAAAUAAAUUUGGAUUUAUAUACGUUCGAAUUUGGUGUCAUGUACAUUUAAAAUUAGAGAAAGGAGAUAACGAUAGGCGAACGAUCCGCGACACUCCCGUCGCGGCUUCGGCGCAUUAUUUUCGUCAUUUCUUCGUGUAUAAUAUGUUACAUGAAUCUGUAUACAAUAUGGAUAUAAAUCGUAAUGAUGAAUAAAUUAGUUUUUACGGCAUCUCUUUAUUAAAAUAAUGAUAAUAUCAAAACGUUUUGUAAAAAGCGGUGGGUUGUCCGCCGCCCCGAUACUGUGCACUCGUGCACACUCUUAUUGGAAUAUUACAUUA